AUGCCUGAUAUUGUAAUUUUAGAAGUCGGUACAAAUGAUCUGCCCUCGGUCGCUCCUGAAGUCAUCGAGGACCUUGUAGUCACUUUAAAAUCUAUUUAUUCUGUGGCGGUUGUCUGCGUUUGCCACGUUAUCCCACGAGGCGAAUCUACGAUACGUCCUCUGUAUUUCUGGGAGCGCGACAAGGUUCUUCAACAAUACCUUGAGGUUGUGCUCGAUUCUUUAGAUUGUGUCUUCUGUUGGCGCCACAAGGCGUUUACGCGACCAGACCAAGACUUUUAUUUAAGGGAUAGAGUCCAUCUUAAUGCUAGAGGCCAGUACUUGUUGUACCGCAGUUAUCGUGGUGCUAUAUUAACGGCAUUAAGCUACUUAUGA